CAAGCAUACAUUCCUCCUACUUCCUAACCUUCGCUUGAGAGCCCGCCUGCUGCAGACGUUGCGUGGAAACAUGCUUUGAAGGAACAGAAAGAGCCAUUGACUCGAUAGACCCGCUCGCCCACACACCCACAGUCUGCCAUCACGCAUUGGGCAGGCUAUGGCACAAUCAAUGCGAAGAGCCUUCCUGGACGCCACCUCGGCCUUUCGAACGACCUCCCCAUCAAUCACAUCACAAUCCAGCCCGGUGUGGCGAAGACGAAGCACUCCAAACGCGUCCCAAAACAGCACAAGUCAGCGAAGAACCUACCUUGGUCAGACACAACGAAGACGAGCCACAACUUCGGCAGAAACCACAUUCUCCAAGUAUCCCAUCAUAGAUCACCACUACGAUGCCAUUGUCGUGGGAGCUGGUGGCGCAGGCCUCAGAGCAGCUGUGGGUCUAGCAGAGUCCGGCUUGGAAACAGCAUGCAUCACGAAACUGUUCCCCACUCGAUCGCAUACGGUAGCCGCACAAGGAGGAAUCAAUGCAGCACUCGGCAACAUGACUGAAGACGACUGGCGGUGGCACAUGUAUGACACAGUAAAAGGAAGCGAUUGGCUCGGAGAUCAAGAUGCAAUACAUUAUAUGUGCAGAGAGGCUCCAAAAGCAGUGUAUGAAUUGGAGAACUACGGCAUGGCUUUCUCGCGGACAGAAGACGGCAGAAUAUACCAACGAGCACUGGGAGGGCAAAGCUUGAACUAUGGCAAAGGUGGCCAAGGUGUGCGGUGCUGCUCGGCUGCCGAUCGAACAGGGCAUGCUAUGUUGCACACACUGUACGGGCAGAGUGUGAAGCACAACACCAACUUCUUCAUAGAAUACUUUGCGAUAGAUUUGCUCAUGGUCGACGGUGAAUGCGUCGGCGUUCUCUGCAUGUCAAUGGAAGAUGGUACUCUGCACAGAGUAUUUGCGAGAAACACCGUCCUUGCGACAGGUGGAUAUGGACGAACGUACUUUUCAGCUACGUCAGCACACACCUCGACAGGAGACGGCAAUGCCAUGGCAUCACGAGCGGGUCUGCCAAACCAAGACUUCGAGUUCAUUCAAUUCCACCCUACAGGCAUCUAUGGCGCCGGUGUGCUGAUCACAGAAGGAUCGAGAGGUGAAGGCGGCUACCUUCUAAACAGCAACGGCGAGCGCUUCAUGGAACGAUACGCACCUACGGCCAAAGACCUAGCAUCUCGCGACGUAGUCUCUCGAAGCAUGCACAUGGAGAUUCGAGCAGGACGCGGCGUAGGACCAGAGAAAGAUCACGUCUACCUCCAACUCAGCCAUCUCCCCAAAGACCUCAUCAUGGAACGCCUCCCGGGAAUCGCAGAAACCGCCAGCGUCUUCAGCGGCGUCGACGUAACAAAAGAACCCAUCCCCGUCCUCCCCACAGUCCACUACUGCAUGGGCGGCGUCCCCACGAACUGGAAAGGCGAAGUCCUCAACGUCGACCCCUCGAGCGGCAAAGAAAAAGUCGUCAAAGGCCUCUACGCCGCCGGAGAAGUGGCCUGCGUCAGCGUCCACGGCGCAAACCGUCUGGGCGCCAACAGCCUCCUCGACAUCGUCGUCUUCGGCCGAGCCUGCGCCCUCGACAUCGCCUCGAAAAACUCAAAAGGCCAACCCCACAGCCCCGUCCCCGAAAACAUCGGAAUGGACUCUUUGGACUGCAUGGAAAAAAUCCGGUGCGCAGAUGGAGAGAAACUCAGCGCGGAAAUCCGUGCGGACAUGCAACGGAUCAUGCAAUCUGAAAUUUCCGUCUUCCGCACUCGCGAAGCUUUGGAACGAGGGAAUUCGAAAAUGCAGAGUGUGCAAACAGAUUUCGAGACGAGGUUGGCGGUGAGGGAUCGCAGUAUGAUUUGGAAUUCGGAUUUGAUUGAGACGUUGGAGUUGAGGAAUUUGUUGACGUGUGCGGCGCAGACGGCGAAGAGUGCGCUUUUGAGGGAGGAGAGCAGGGGGAGUCAUGCGCGAGAGGAUUUUGUGGAGAGGGAUGAUGAGCAUUGGAUGAAGCAUACGCUUUCGUGGCAGCGAAAUGUUGGGGAGGAGGUGCGGAUUGGGUAUAGAGGGGUUGUCAUGGGGACUUUGGAUGAGGGGGAGAUGGGGAGUAUUCCGCCUGUUAGGAGGACGUAUUAGGAUAUAGUAUAAAUGUAGGUAUACUAUAGCGGGAUGGAGGGCUCG